GGGAUGAAAUGGUAAUUUUGGUCUCGAAGUUAUGCUAAUGAGUGCCUGAGUCGAAGAACCGAAUAUCCGUUCCGGAUUUCUCCGUCUAUCCGCCGCACAAAAGGGAGGGGAAGCAAGAUCGUCGUGUCAAAGGUGUACUCUGAAUUUGCUCCGAAUUCUUGUUGAUAUUAUUGCUAGUCGGUAGGUCGUUCUGGAAAGCGGCUUCUCAUCGAGCAGGUGUACUUUCAAACUUUCAACCAAGCUAGCAGAUUAUGGCACAUCUCCUUUCAGUAUCUUGUUCUUUGAAUGUCUCUCCCUGUAAUCAAUCACGUGGAAAACAUCUAAACCAGAACUCAAAUCCACUCUCUAUUUCUGUAAAUUAUCCGAUUUCAAGAUCAGCCUUUCGAAGGCUUUAUGUCCAAGAAAAUAAUAGUUCACGAAAGUGCCAUGUUUUUUAUGCAAAGGCAGUUUCAGUAGGUCAAGAUGCGUCCCGAAUGCAGCCUGGCUCAGCGACACAUCAGUCCUCUAGUGAAGAUUCAGUUCCUAAGAAAGUUAUGGUAAUUGGCGGUGAUGGCUAUUGUGGUUGGGCCACUUCCCUCCAUCUAUCAAACAGAAACUAUGAAGUUGCUGUUGUGGACAACCUUGUUCGUCGCCUUUUUGACCAUCAACUAGGUCUCGAUUCUCUUACUCCCAUUGCAUCUAUCCAUAAUCGCCUCAGGCGUUGGAAAUCCCUCACUGGUAAAGAUAUCCAGCUUUACAUUGGAGAUAUAUGCGACUUUGAGUUCUUGUCAGAGGCCUUCAAGUCCUUCCAGCCUGAUGCGGUUGUUCAUUUUGGAGAGCAAAGGUCCGCACCAUACUCCAUGAUUGAUAGGUCAAGAGCUGUAUUCACCCAACAUAAUAAUGUGAUAGGAACAUUGAAUGUUCUGUUUGCAAUAAAGGAAUUCGGGGAGGAUUGCCAUCUUGUGAAACUUGGUACCAUGGGAGAAUAUGGUACUCCGAAUAUUGACAUUGAGGAGGGGUACAUAACAAUUACCCACAAUGGGAGGACAGAUACUUUGCCGUAUCCGAAGCAAGCCAGCUCUUUCUACCAUCUCAGCAAGGUCCAUGACUCUCACAACAUUGCAUUCACUUGCAAGGCUUGGGGGAUCAGAGCUACAGAUCUAAACCAGGGAGUGGUCUAUGGGAUGAGAACUGAUGAAACAGCUAUGCAUGAAGAACUCUAUAAUAGAUUCGAUUAUGAUGGAGUAUUCGGAACAGCAUUGAACAGGUUUUGUGUUCAGGCCGCAGUUGGUCAUCCACUUACAGUCUAUGGCAAAGGAGGACAGACCAGGGGAUAUCUUGACAUAAGAGACACAGUACAAUGUGUCGAGAUCGCCAUAGCCAAUCCGGCACAAAGGGGAGAGUUUCGCGUGUUUAACCAGUUUACAGAGCAAUUCUCAGUGAACGAACUUGCUGCUCUUGUUACCAAAGCUGGUGAGAAACUCGGGCUUGAGGUUCAAACAAAGUCAGUGCCGAACCCGCGGGUGGAGGCAGAGGAGCAUUAUUACAACGCCAAGCAUACUAAACUUAUUGAGCUGGGACUCCAACCCCAUCUCCUAUCAGAUUCUCUUCUGGAUUCAUUGCUCAACUUUGCUGUCCAGUACAAGGAUCGAGUCGACCAUAAACAGAUAAUGCCGAGUGUUUCUUGGAGGAAUAUUGGAGUGAAGCCAAAGACUGCUGCUGCCUAAACAAGCCAAGGUGAUGAUGAGUUUGAAUAAAUCCCCACUUUAUAGUUUGUGAUUUGGGAUGAGAUAAACUAUCGUUUGCACGAGUUUGGUUGUUCUGGAGGGUCUGUUCUGUUGUAUAUUUGGUUUCUCUACUCUUUUCAGAGAAUUUAGAUUAUCUAACUUAUUUUUAUUAUCUAAUUUAAGAUUGAGACUUUGUAUUGUUUAUUCA